GCUCUCUCGCAUCGCCUGUUCUUUUCUAUUGCUUUCUCUCUCUCUCUCUGUAGAGGCAAACCAGCUUCUCUUGUUUGACAAGGGGCUCAUCUUUGGCCAUCGGCAUCAGCUAAGAUGACUGCCAUGACAAUUCAAUGAGAGGAGAGGACGCCAAGUGAAGCAUCCCUCGCUGACUAAAAAGGAGAGAAGUGCUCAAGGUAAAAAGAGGAGAGAGAGUAGAAGAAGUGAAAGAAGAAGAAGAGGAAGAAACAAGGGAUAAGAAGAGAGAGAGAGGCAGAGGAGUGAGGAAAGAGGCAGGGGAGAGAAACUGAAGGAUAAACGGUGGAUGGAGGCGGCUCGGACCGGGGCUACGGAGCGCUCUUCACCGACGAAGAAGAAGAACAGCAGCAGCAGCGGGGGGGAGAGGAGAUGGAGGCGAAAGGCAGAAACAUGCCCUCAGAUAUUAGUUUCCUUCCCCGCCCAGCGAUGGUGUGGUGUGAGCGGGGAAUCCAGGUGCUGCUGACUACCAUGGGAGCGUUCGCGGCCUUUGCCCUGAUGACGGUGGCUAUCGGUACAGACUACUGGCUGUAUGCCCGCGCCUUCAUCUGUAACAGCACAGCCAACUCAUCCCAGGAAGACUCCAACAACAAGGACAAGAAAGACCCUGGGGCACUCACCCACUCUGGCCUCUGGAGGAUCUGCUGCCUGGAAGGCUUGAAGCGAGGUGUGUGUUCCCAGAUCAAUCAUUUCCCAGAUGACGCAGACUACGACCAAGAUGCUGCAGAGUAUCUGCUGCGUGUGGUACGAGCAUCAAGCAUCUUCCCCAUCCUCAGUGCCAUACUGCUCCUCCUGGGUGGGGUGUGUGUUGCUUCAAGCGGCUUCUACAAGAGCAAAAGAAACAUCAUUCUCGGAGGAGGGAUUCUGUUUGUAGCUGCAGGCCUCAGCAACAUCAUCGGAGUGAUCGUGUACAUCUCAGCAGCACUGAGCGACAUCUCCCCCAAGAAAGAUGAGGACAAGAAGUGGCACUACUCCUACGGCUGGUCCUUCUACUUUGGCGGCCUGUCCUUCAUCCUGGCUGAGAUGGUGGGUGUCCUCGCUGUCAACAUCUACAUUGAGAAGAACAAGGAGCUGCGCUGCCGCUCUCGCACCGACCUCUUUAAGAGCACCACGCACGCCAUGCUGCGACUGCCCAGCUACCGUUUCAGACGGCGCUCUCGUUCCAGCUCACGCUCCACCGACCCGCCGCACUCACAGGAGACCUCGCCCAUUGGUGCUUCCAAGACCUUCAGCCUGCCACCCUCUGCCCCACCCUUCUCUGUGGCCACUCUGCCCAACCCCCACCACACCAGCAGCGGUGGAAGCGGAGGAGGGGGCGACAUCUCCAUGUACACCCUGUCGAGGGACUCCAAGCUGGGCAGCCUGGGAGGCGGCGCCCCACCUCUCUACGGCACAGUGGACCGCGCCACGCUGUACCAGCUCCACAACUACUUCCCAAAAGAUUCCAGUGGCAGUGGUGGAGGAGGAGCAGCGGUGAUAAGCAGCGGUACACUGCCAUCUCACUCCAAAUCCAACUUGGCAGCAGCAGCGGCUGUAGCCCAGAAUUCAGCACCGCUGAAUACCUCCACAUCAGCCACCACACCUGCCCAGUCAGCUCCGAUAUCUACAGCCACAAUGGAGAGGGACAGGGGCAACAUGGGAACCCUGGACCGACUGACAGCCAAAAGGGACAGGGAUAGCAACUCAGAUACACUUAACAGGAAAACUACACCAGUUUAAAUCUAAACCUCACAGAGGAAAGUGAGAGGGUAAAGAGAGAGAGGUUAAAUAAAAGAGAGGUGGAACUGAGUUUAGAGAGGUUAGAGAUAUCUGAGUUGAAAGAGAGGCUGAAAAUGUGUAGGUGACACUUAGACGGUAAUGUUUCUGUCCUUGAGCCUGGGGUAUCUAGCUGCCAUAAUUACUUACCAAUAUCAUAAACAGUCAUUAAACACCUGAUGUUAUGUGCAAAUUCAAAAACAACUGCCUUAAAAUGGUCAUGAUUUUAUCUUCAUCUUGCUUGGAUUAAGUUAAUUACACAGUAAUGGUGCAGUGGAGGCUUUAGCAGAAGGGAUUUUUUUUGUAACUUUUCAUUUCAGCAUCGCUCCAUUUCAGAUUUUGUUGUACAAAAUCAUACACUCACAACUGUGAGCUUUCCGGUAAAACCAGUCUCCCAGUGCAGCAGUUGGGGGUUAAGUGCCUUGCUGAGGAGGCAGCGGAGCUCAGAAGUUAUUUACUCUCUUGUUUGACAUUUUGUCAGCUGCAAUGGGGAUUUAAAUUUCCACUUCACUUUAACAAUAAGAACCUAAUAAGCUCUGAUCUUGUGAUUUGUAAGAAACAAGACAUCUAAGUUAAAACAUUACUAAAUCUGGCUUAAAAGUGAACGUUUUCACACAUCUAGACAUCCAGUUUAAGCUUCAGGCAUCUUAUCACCUGCAAACUUUCUGGUUUUCUAAACCAUACAACACUUUUUAGAAUCAUAAAUAAUAAAAUAAAAAAGUGGCCAGAUGGUAUACGCCACAAUUAAAUUUCUGUUUAAAAAAGAACAGAGACACAGACAGGUACGGUCAGCCAAGUAACAAGCUGCUCAUUGCUCAAGAUGACUUUCAAUUCAAGGUCAACAGUAGCUACUUAAUGCCUGGUCUUAAGAAGGUAACAUCAGC